GCCAUCUUGGAACAGAAGAGGGGAUUCGAUUGUUGUCCAAGCUGAAUAUCUAAUCUGUAGAAUUAAAAUGGAUCCCCAGAUAAUGGACGGACUGGAUUUUCCGUUCUGUGACGAGGUAGUAAAAUAUGAGAAAUUGGCUAAGAUUGGACAAGGGACAUUUGGAGAGGUGUUCAAAGCAAAGCAUAGAAAGAACAAACAAAUUGUGGCAUUGAAGAAAGUUCUAAUGGAAAAUGAGAAGGAAGGGUUUCCUAUCACUGCCUUGAGGGAAAUAAGAAUUCUACAACUCUUAAAACAUGAAAAUGUGGUGAACUUAAAUGAGAUUUGUCGAACAAAAGCUAAUCAGUUCAACAGAUAUAAAGGCAGCAUUUACUUAGUAUUUGAAUUCUGUGAACAUGACUUGGCAGGACUUCUCAGUAAUCACAAUGUGAAAUUUAGUUUAGGUGAAAUAAAGGAAGUGAUGCGACAACUGUUAAAUGCUCUCUAUUACAUCCAUUGCAAUAAAGUGCUACAUCGAGAUAUGAAGGCAGCGAAUAUUCUGAUUACCAAGAACGGAGUACUGAAACUUGCAGAUUUUGGUUUGGCAAGGGCUUUCAGUAUUUCUAAAGCUUCUGGCAGUAAUAGAUAUACUAAUCGUGUAGUGACAUUGUGGUACAGACCACCUGAGUUGCUGCUCGGUGAAAGGAAUUAUGGUCCUCUUAUUGAUCUUUGGGGUGCAGGUUGUAUUUUGGCCGAGAUGUGGACACGGAGUCCUAUUAUGCAAGGAAAUACAGAACAACAUCAAUUGACUCUGAUAACACAUCUCUGUGGUUCUAUUUCUACUGAAGUAUGGCCUGAUGUUGAUAAGCUGGAGUUGUAUAGCAAGCUGGAGCUUCCCAAGGGACAGAAACGCAAAGUUAAAGAGCGACUAAAAGCGUAUGUAAGAGACCAGUAUGCGCUAGAUUUAAUUGACAAGUUGUUGUCUCUGGAUCCAGCACAGCGUUUGGAUAGUGAUGCAGCAUUGAAUCAUGAUUUCUUUUGGAUGGAUCCCAUGCCAAGCAGUCUGGCCAAGAUGUUGUCCACUCACAAUAUGUCAAUGUUCGAAUACUUGGCUCCUCCACGUCGUCGCUAUCAACAAGGAGGAGCUCAGCCUCCAGCUCAGCAGCAGCAACAGCGUGCUGUGGCAUCAAAUGAUGCAGCAUUUGAUAGGGUAUUUUAAAGACUGGAAUCAUUUACAGAAUUCUGAGAAAAAAAAUAUUUUUACAUGCAUUACGUACUUCCUUUGAUAUCCUUAUCGAUCAUGACAUGGUACAACAAAUAUGGUAAUUUGAA